AUGACAAUGCUUCCAAGUUUCUUUGUGCUGCAAUCUGGUGGGAAGUACUUGAGCCUAACGGACCAUACGGCCGCAACAAGCCCACAAGCAGGUUUCUUGAAAUUCGAUGGGCAAGAAAUAUUUUGUCCGCGAGUUAGGUUUGCGGUGGAGGCAUCAGAAACCACUGGGCUAGUGCACAUAAGAUCAUGUUACAACAACAAGUACCUGGUGACAAAACAAAUUGACAAUAAUCUUUUGAUUGUUGCGUGUGCUAAAAAACCGGAGGAAGACGUGUCAAAAGACUCAUCAACCCACUUAUUGGGUGAUGAUGACACCCAGCAAGACAUGCUUGUAGUGUCGUCUACUGGAUCUGUUUUCAAUGCAAUUGAUUGGAACAGUCUGGUGAUUAUCCCCAGCAAUACCCAAGUGGCAUUCAGAUCUGAACAAUUAACUGACAGCUAUCUCAUUUCCGUUGUCCUUGAUAGAUGGUAUCCAUAUCAGAAGUUUGAAAGAGGAUGGGACAUUGGAGAUCCACUGGUGGCCAAGGAGCUCAUACAACUUGGCAACGGAGACUAUCGUGUAAAUGACAUGCACUUUCGCAAGCGCUGGACGGGUGCCCCUGGUUGGAUCUGGGCCGAGGCUGCAAUUAACGACACCUCAAACAAUACAAGGUUUGCCUUUGUCAAAGUAAGCGACAAAAUCGUCGCCCUUCGCCACGUGAACCGGAACCAAUUCUGUGGUAUUAUCACAAUGGAGGGGAAGGUCGACGUAUUAAGGGCCUCGUAUCCUACUAUAUCGAGACAAGCUCGGCUUAUGGUUGAGGAGUGCGUCCUUUCAAGAGAGAUCACGAAUGUCAUCUACCGUCUCUCCGACUCACGGAUUUAUGGUGAGAAUAUUGAAGAAGUUAAUCAUGCCAUGGCAACCAACAACAGCGCUACGCAUGAUUCCACAAUAAGCCUCGCUUACACUAUAACCGAUGCUCGGACCACUAGCUGGACGAAUAGCGUGUCAAUAUCAAUGGGUGUUCAAGUUUCAUUCAAAACAAGUGUUAUUCCACUAAUUGCUUCCGGGAAGGUUGAGGUGUCGACAGAGUUUGGGUAUACCUAUGAGUGGGGAGUUUCCGAGACUAGGGAGCGUACAAGAACAACGACUUACAACGUUGUCGUGCCACCCUUAACUUCAAUCAAGGUGACCCUCAUGUGUACAAAGGGAGCCUGUGAUGUCCCUUUCACCUACACUCAGCGUGAUCUUCGUACUAAUGGUACAUGGGUAUCCACUGUAAAGCAUGAUGGCGUUUACACUGGCGCCAACGCUUACAACUUUUAUUAUGAAUCCACAGAAGUUCCAUUGAAUUAA